GCGGAAGCGGGGAACACUGUCGGACGGCCCGGGGCGCGCAGCCCGGCUCGUGGUUCCCAGUCCGGCUAUGCAAAGCCCGUGCAAGAUCCGGGAGGCGCCUUGCCAGAACCUGCACCCCUCCCCCCACCCUAGUUGCGGAACGCCUGCGAUGCCCCUCCUCCGCCUCCCUUUCCCACCAUGCCCGCGUGUGUCACGUGUGAACGGGUCCGCCCGGGUUUCCGGCAGCUGGUCCGGGCUCCGAACGGUGGCCUCCGAGCCGUGGAACGCUGCGGCGCCGGACGUUCGGGGUUGGAACGUUGCGGGCCUGAACGUUCCACGGGCGCACUGCGGGGGGUAACAUGGGCGACUCCGAACCAAGAGGUGGGACCGGCCCCCUCCGCACUUACCCGACGCUGCCCGUCUGGGUGGUGGAGGAUCACCACGAUGUCCUUCCCUUCAUUUAUCGAGCCAUCGGUUCGAAGCAUCUUCCUGCCAGCAACAUCAGUUUCAUCCACUUGGAUUCCCACCCUGAUCUUCUGAUUCCAGUGAACCUGCCUGCAGAUACUGUGUUUGACAAAGAAACUCUGUUCAGCGAGGUCAGCAUCGAGAACUGGAUCAUGCCGGCCGUUUACGCGGGUCACUUUUCACAAGUGAUCUGGCUCCAUCCGUCUUGGGCUCAGCAGAUCGAACAAGGAACCCACCACUUUUUAGUGGGCAAGGACACCUCAACCACCACGAUCAGGCUUACAAGCACCGAGAGCUAUUUCCUUUCUGACGGUCUGUAUGUUCCGGCCGAUCAACUGGAGAACAAGAAGCCUUUGCACCUGAGUGUCCACCUUGUGAAUCCCACCAAGACCUCGGACAACUGGGAGGGAAGCCGGGCUCUGUCUUCUGCUAAGAGGCUCAAGUUAAGCGAUGAUACAGCAGACGCGGCUGUUGCCUCUUCGUCAAAGGACACGGAUGUUCCUCUCCUUGGCUCUUUGGACACCCCGCCGGAAGGACUAGAACAGAGUAACCCGGCGCCAGAGACAGCAGGUGACUUCCAGGGCCCCUCGGCCUCGUGCUCCUUUGGCAACCACACUUGCCGAACCACAGAGCUUAUUAAAGACGUUCUCCAGGCGUUGCAGAAGGACGCUGCUUACGUUUUAGAUGUUGACUUGGAUUUUUUUUCAGUUAAGAAUCCUUUCAAAGAAAUGUACACUCAGGAGGAGUACAAGCUUUUGCAAGAACUUUAUAAUUUUAAGAAGCCGAACAGCAAUGCCUCAGAGGAGGACUUGCUGGACUGCGUUGAGAAUCGCGUCCAUCAGUUGGAAGAUCUUGAAGCCGUGUUUGCGGACCUUUGUGACGACGACUCCGAUGAGAUUCUGGAAAGAUGGGCUUUAAAUCCUGGGAUGGCGCCUCUAAUCCCUCUUAUACACAGUCUGAAAAACCGGCUGCUAACUCCUAAUUAUGAACUGGUUCAUCAAGCUGGGCUCACCUGCGACUACUCGGAAAUCCCCCACCACGUCAGCACUGAGGAAGAAAUAGAGGAUCUGGUGCAGUCUGUACAACAUCUCUUGAGGAAUCUGCCAAAGCCCACUCUUGUGACAAUAGCCCGGUCCAGCUUGGAUGACUAUUGCCCCACAGAUCAAGUGGAGCUGAUACAAGAGAAGGUUUUGAAUUGCCUGCGCUCCGUAUAUGGCACACUGGAUGUUCAUUUAGAAUAUUUGGAAGAUUUCACCCCUGAUGGAGAAGAAUGUUCAUCCACAGGGUGAUUUGUACACUGGAAAUGUUUUUCUUGUCCGUUUUUUCUGUCUGUAUGCAGUAGCCUCAAUACAGAUGCAAAGGGUUUGCCAGGAGUUUGGGUUGUGUUUGUGCCGUUCUGUUUUCGAUGCUUUCGACCUGAACUCUUCCAGUUUGUAACUGAAACUCUGCAUUGCUAUUUUGAGUGUGUGAUUUGCAUGAAAGAAGAGAGAAGACUCAUUUUCCGUCUCUUCAGCAGAGUUUUUGAGAAAGGGGGGUCAGGUUGUGUUUUAUUGAAUCGAUAUUUUUUUCAAGCGAUUCGUGGUGGCAGGAAGUGUUGCUUCAGGGUUUACUCGUUGUUUUCACAAAUUGUUCUUUCUGCUGUUCCGUCUUAUUCAAUCAUCUGGGGCACUUUUGUCUUCCGUCACGGUUUUUGCCGUAGAUUUUAAUCCCAUUUUAGGUUACCAUCAGUUCCGCGGGCAAGAACGACCUUAAAGUCCUUCACGUAACAUUCUAACCCCUACCUGGCUCUCAUUUUAAUUUGGAAUUUAAUUGUUUAUGCCAGAUACCACCUGGAGCUUUUUUACACAUCGUUUCCUUCCCUCCUAGGAAACAUUUCAGCAACUGAAUGCCUACAUUGACCUGCUGCUUAAAAGGCCCAAUUUGGUGGGAACAGCCCUAUUUGUUGGCAUCUCAAGCUGCAUGUUGUCACCUCCUUUUAUUUAUAGAAAUCCCCAGCCCCUACGUGACAUAAAAGUAGGGCCGUUAAAAUCCUCAGUUUGCAGUCUCUGCUUAACAACCUUAUUUUAACCAUGCAACAACCUUUUUUUUACCUGAUUCUUAGGGGUUUAGGGGAAAAUGUCAAAAGCUUUAAAGACUCUAUAUUCCAUUU